UCAGCACAUCAUGUUCACACAACCCCCAAUCAUAGCCCCACAUACCUCCGCAAACCCCCAACAGCCCAUGCAUGCAUGCAGCGCGAUAAGCCUAAGCUCGUCGAUAAGCCCCUCACCAAACCAGAUCAACCCACUACCCGCAGCGCCAUAUCGUCAUGCAUCUCCGCGCCCCGGGGACAUUGAUGGUACUGGUAAACGCAACACUGCCUCCCGUCUUGCAUUAUGAUGUAGUUUCGUUUAGUCUAGUUUGAAUUGAAUCGAUCUCGCACUUCAUCAUCCACCUUCCCGUCACCCACCCCUCAUUCCUCGUGUUGAAGUUCACCCUGAAAGAACGAGUGUCUAUCAGAGUGAGGAGAUACGUCAACAAUCAAGCACAAUGGCAUCAGCAACGACUGAACAGCUGGAUUCGGAGCACUUUUCGCCGUAUAGGGCGGAUGGCAAGCUUUACGGCUUCGUCUGCGUAGUAACAGGCGCAACGCAACCCAUAGGCCGAGCAAUCGUCGCCGAACUAGCUGCCCACGGCGCAGCCUGCAUCUACGCCUGCUCCUCCAACCCCGACGAGCCCUACGCCGAGCUCGCCUCCACGAUAAACGCCUCCUACCCAAACACAAAAGUAAUCGGCUACCCCUACAAAAUCACCUCGGAAGAAGACACCCUCUCCCUCAUCGACGACGUGCUAAACACCUGGGGCCGCCUCGACGUCUGGACCUCGUCAACGGGCCUGCUGGGCCCACCUAGCAUCACGACAACAGGCCCCGCAGACCUCUACGCCGCGUUCGAAACAAACGCCAUGCCGGCUUUCUUCGCGCUCAAGUACGCGCCUGCUGCUAUGCAGAAGACGAGCCCGAAGGGGAGCUAUCCGAAUGCUGCCCCGAAAGAUGCGCCGUAUGGGAGUAUCAUCGUGGUAACGAGCGUGGCGAGCUCGUACGGCGGGUGCUGGGCGCCGGCGUUCACGAUGGCGUCGCACGCCGCGCUCGGGGUCGUAAAGUCCGGUGUCCUCGUGCUGAAGGGCACGGGGGUGCGCAUCAAUGCGAUUGCAGCGGGGCAGAUCGAUGUCGGCGUUGAUCUGAAGGGGGUGCGGGAGAUGCAGAGUGGGCAGUUUCCGCCCGCGAGCCUGCAGGAGGUGGAGGUGCAGAAGCGGACUAUUGGGCUGGAGAGGGCGGGGCGGCCCGAUGAGGUGGCGAGGGUGGCGGGCUUUUUGGCCAGCGGGUUUAGUAGUUAUAUUACCGGGGCGGAGCUGAGGGUUGAUGGGGGCGCGGGGGUGAUGAACCCGUUGACUGUGCCGGUGUAGGUAUAUAUCGUUUCGCGGUAAAGGUCUGGGGUAGACAGCGUA